AGCAGGCUGACAAGACUUCCGCUACGUGAGUAAGUAAUGUGACCUUCCUCCCAGAAUCCGCCGCGCUGUGUUCAUGGGGAGAGAUGGCGAGCGAGUGCAGGGCGACAGAGCUGCUAUUGCGGAUCCUGCGGAAGCUGAAAGGCAGCCUGUCAUCGGAUGCCAGGAGCACUGCUGAGGACGUACUGAGUCAGGGGCCCGGGGCUCCGGUACCCUUCAGUGUUGUAAGGGAGCUACACGCUGCUCUGCGGGAGAAAGGCUCAUCUGUUUACUUACAUGAGCUGCUAGAAGGCAGUGAGAUCUAUCUGCCUGUAGUGGAACUGCCUGAGCGGAACCCGGUACUUGUGGCACGUCUCGAGAAGAUUAAAGCUAAGUUGGCAAAUGAGGAAUAUAAGAGAAUCACCAAGAAUGUCACCAGCCAGACCAGUCGACCUGGAACUCUAGCGGAUAUAGGCAGAGAAGUACGGCCUCUGAAAAAAAUCAUUGUUACAGUCUUCAACUUCUUUGUCACAGUGGCAACAGCAUUUGCUUGCACUUAUAUCGGCAGUCAGUAUGUCUUUGCUGAGUCGGCCGCGCGGGUACUGUCCUCUGUGAUCGUGGCUUCAUUAGUGGGACUGGCAGAACUGUAUGUGUUGGUUCGGGCCAUGGAAGGGGAACUUGGAGAGUUGUAGCAUGUGUUCCUGGCACUCCUGGAGAGAAUGCGCCAUCUAUUACUGAGCUGGACUCCGUCUGCUGAGAUAUGAGUUGUUG